GUGUUCUUCGAAUCGAUUUGUUUAAAUGUUUAUAGACGGUAUCUAUGAAUCACCGAGGUGAAGUAUGUUUCGAUGGGUGUCAUUGCUAAAUUUAGCACAUGACCGUAUCAUUUUGGGUGGUGGUAUAUAAACACAGGACACAAAUUCAUAAUGGCAGAAGGAGGAUAUUGCUCAGCCGAUUUAGAAGUUGACACUUUUGAAAUCACAGACUUGCAGCAGUCAUUGGAAAAAGAAACAGACGACAUGGCAUGUACGAGCAGCGCCGAACUGACCGCUGGCACUACCAAUGAGGCUCAUGACGACAACACCAUGCAAAAAUUCCUACAGAAAUCACAAUGUGAGCGUCUAUAUGAAUUAAGGAAUCUGCAACAUGGAGCGAAACCUGUGACCAGCCAAGGUCAUAAGGAGAUGAUCAACAAAUUCUUCAGGAAGAAACAGACUGCUCAAGAACAAGCAGCAAGUCAUGGGAAAGAAAAUGUCCCCGUCAAUGAGGACAAUGUGGAGGAGCACCGCCCCGAGACAAUUGUUGUCGAGAUUCAGGGACUAGUCGAGCAACAACGUGUAUCUACAUCCCUCGGAACAAAUUUCCGUCGCCACCUUGAAAACAUUAUUAGAGGCAGCAUUUCCACAGUGGCAAGAAAUCACACCCCACGUUCAUUUUCCUCACGACAGUCCUCUUCAUCUCCCUCACCCGCACCAUCCCCGCGGGAAGAAGCAACCCCGCAACCAGAACAGGUGCCACAAGUGGUACCAGUUCCUUCUCCGCUUGUCACUGCCCCCACCUCCGUCGACAGGAGCCGAAGUAACACCCUCAGCUCAAACAACAGUUCAAGCACACACAGUAGUACCCCGCCUGAGCCUGAAGCUAUACCACAGGAUCCCGAAGUGAGGGCUCCUAUACCACAGACUUACCAGAGGAUCCUGGGGUAUGACUCGGAGGACAGGCACCAUGAAGACAUGGUCCAGGAGAUCAGUGAACUCGUCCACAGCCGCAUUGUGACGUCCACACUAGAGGGAGACUUCAGGACCCGUCUGGAGAUCAGCAUGCAGGAACGAGUUGCCAGCAGUGGGUUUGAUGGCUCCAGAGUCCAAGAAUUUGUACAGAAUAUCAACCAGUCGCAGCCUAUCGAGAGGAACGACUUCUCAAAUUUGGGUAUCAACGUGAAUGUCCCAGCUGACAACUGGGAUGCCAUCUCUGUAACCAGCGUCAGUGCCCAUGCUGUUCCUUAUACACAGUCGAGUCGGUACAUGAGCCGAGAGAUUCAGAGUCUGAAGGCACAGCUGAUGGAGAUGAAGAAUAUGAUGAAGCUGAGCUUCGACCUUCAGAUGGAUAUCCAGAGGUCAAUCAGACAAGAGGUGGCUGCGGCAAUGAAUGACGUCAAAAGAGCUGAUGGGAACACGGCCUUGCCUGUGGCUGCCAAGUCUAAACCAGUCAAUGAUACUCACUGUUUGAUCUGUCUGGACAACCACUCAGACUCCGUGCUUUACCAGUGUGGACACAUGUGUGUGUGCUACACUUGUGGACGUAACCUAAUGGAACGUGAAUCAAAAUGUCCAGUGUGCAGGGCCCCUAUCAAAGACAUAAUCAAGGCCUACAAAUGUAACGAGGACUGAAAAACUGUUGUUCUUAUGCCAACUGGCACUUCAGAGUGUAAGAAGUUAUAGUGAUUCACAAGGAUUAUUUACAAAUUGUCAAAGAUCUAUAUGUUAUACAUGUAAGGCUGGACAUAUACCUUAUCAGGGCCUGGGAAAUUUUACAAUGUUUUUGUAUAGGUUGGCCUCAUCAUGCACUAAAUCAGGGCCUUGAUGAUAGGAAUACACCUCACUCUAUGCACGGCUUGCUUUAUCAUGUACAGUACCACCAUAGGGCCAAACUAUGGAUACCAUGCUUCAUGGCACCAUGUACCAUAUCGGGGCCUAGAGAGGAUUACAAUUCUCUCUAUUAAAGGCUGGCUCCAUCAUGUACCACUGUAGGGCCAAUCUAAGGAUACAAUGCUUUCUGGCACCAUGUACCACAUGAGGGCCUGGAGAGGAUUACAAUUCUCUAUUAAAGGCGUGGCUCCAUCAUGUACCACUGUAGGGCCAAUCUAAGGAUACAAUGCUUUCUGGCACCAUGUACCACAUGAGGGCCUGGAUAGGGUUACAAUUCUCUAUUAAAGGCUGGCUCAAUCAUGUACCACUGUAGGGCCAAACUAAAGAUAAAAUGCUUUCUGGCACCAUGUACCACAUUAGGGCCGGGAGAGGAUUACAAUUCUCUAUUAAAGGCAUGGCUCCAUCAUGUACUACUGUAGGGCCAAACUACGGAUAAAAUGCUUUCUGGCACCAUGUACCAGAUGAGGGCCUGGAGAGGAUCACAAUUCUCUAUUAAAGGCAUGGCUCCAUCAUGUACUACUGUAGGGCCAAACUAAAGAUAAAAUGCUUUCUGGCACCAUGUACCACAUGAGGGCCUGGAGAAGAUUACAAUUCUCUAUUAAAGGCAUGGCUCCAUCAUGUACUACUGUAGGGCCAAACUACGGAUAAAAUGCUUUCUGGCACCAUGUACCAGAUGAGGGCCUGGAGAGGAUCACAAUUCUCUAUUAAAGGCAUGGCUCCAUCAUGUACUACUGUAAGGCCAAACUAAAGAUAAAAUGCUUUCUGGCACCAUGUACCACACGAGGGCCUGGAGAGGAUUACAAUUCUCUAUUAAAGGCGUGGCUCCAUCAUGUACCACUGUAGGGCCAAUCUAAGGAUACAAUGCUUUCUGGCACCAUGUACCACCUUAGGGCCUGGAGAGGAUUACAAUUCUCUAUUAAAGGCUGGCUCACUCAUGUACCACUGUAGGGCCAAACUAAGGAUACAAUGCUUUCUGGCACCAUGUACCACCUUAGGGCCUGGAGAGGAUUACAAUUCUCUAUUAAAGGCAUGGCUCCAUCAUGUACUACUGUAAGGCCAAACUAAAGAUAAAAUGCUUUCUGGCACCAUGUCCCACAUUAGGGCCUGGAGAGGAUUACAAUUCUCUAUUAGAGGCUGGCUCCAUCAUGUACCACUGUAGGGCCAAUCUAAGGAUACAAUGCUUUCUGGCACCAUGUACCACAUGAGGGCCUGGAGAGGAAUACAAUUCUCUAUUAAAGGCUGGCUCCAUCAUGUACCACUGUAGGGCCAAACUAAGGA